UGGGUGGAGUUUACAUUCUGUCAUUAAAAUAUAUAAAUGACAGGCAUUUAAUGAGCAGAUUACACUGUUGUCAUGACUUGAUAUCCACAUAUUUGACUACAUUUAGUAAGCAGAAUUAUAAAAAAAUCAAAAAGUUCCUCCUUCCUGAAGUUGACCUUUGAGUGUUGUACGGGUAAAUAAUAAAGUAUUGUAAAUUAUGACCAGAAUUCAGUGGUUAUUAUAAUGAAAAACUGAUUUGAGACUACAUUAACAAUCCGUCAAUCAUUUAUUUCACAAGAAAUGCAUCCAUUGUAAUAUCUUUCCUGAUUUGACAAUAAAAGUCUCUGAUUCCGUAAAUGAACCCAUAGGUCUAGGUCAGUUAACUCACUGAGAAUCACAUCAUGUCCGCUUCUUUCUUCUUAAUGGACUUACCCACAUGUUGAUGCAUUGAUGCCCUGUCAGUGUGCGUCUCCUCUGCACUGCUUCCCUGGAAAAAGAUGUGGAUGUCGAUUAACUGCAUCAUUUCCAGUGAAGAGGAAAAAAGAGGAGGUGGAUUCACUUGAAGUCCCUGCGCCGUCCUCCAUAUUUCUGCUCACAGAAGUGGAGGGGGUUGGUGGAGGAGGGAGGGGAGCGUGCGCCCUCGGCAGACAGUCAAGCGCAAAAGACACACGGCUCAUCCGCUCGCCUCCCCAUUGACGUCAGUCCGGUAUCACAUGAACGAGCAGGGACCAAUCGGCACGGUGCUGCCGGAGAGUGCUGGCUCUUUUACACCAAGAUAGGGGAAAAGACUGAAUAAAAGGAAACCGUGCCAGUGAGCUUGUAAUGAACACAAAACCUCCCGGAGAAGCCUAGAGCCGCCGCCAUUGGAUAUAUUGGCCGUUUUCUCUUUAUUCCCAUGCGUUCCUCGCGGUGGAUUAUUGUGUUUGGCAUCGGGGCGGACGAAAUGGAUAAGGCCAUGGCCCUAACAUAUUGAAUAGCUCGUUGGUGGUGGUGGUGGUGGUGGGGAGGCGAGAAGCGCACCGUGGAGACAAUUCAUGGGGCAUUGUGCGGGUAGGAAAAUGGUGGAUUAUUUGCACUGUAUCAGAAAAACCUCAGCCCGUCUGGAUAUCCUGCCAUAAGACUUGGUGGCAUUUCUGUUCCUGUUUUGGCCUUGUCUACAGUAACUGAGGUCGUGUUAUAGCGGUCGGUAGGUAGGUCCCCCCUACAGCUCGAUCCGAACGACCUUAUCCAUUUCUAUUCUUUAUCGCCUAUACAUGAAGGAUUCUUGCGUCGCUGCGUCGCCUUCACCCUCCCCUCUCUGAAACUAACAUUUGGAAACAAUAAACUGCUGGAUUACUGAACUAUGGAUUUCAACAGCGGCGGCGGCGGGGGGGGAAACGAGCUGCACAACAAUCAGUUUUAUCAGUGCGAAGAGAACAAGCCUCUGCUGGGAGAGAUGUCGGAGGGCAAUAAUAACACCAAGCUGGGCGCAGGGCCGUGCAAGAGGUCCCUGCACCACUGCAGCAGCAGCGGGAUGCGAUACAAGCUGCUCCACGAGGGGGACAUCCAGGUGUGCGUGGUGAAGCACCCCCGCACCUUCCUCAGCAAGAUUCUCACCUCCAAGUUCCUGCGGAGGUGGGAGCCGCACCACCUCACGCUCACAGACAGCAGCCUGACCUCGGCCACCCCCACCGGUUAUAUGGAGACGUCAUUGUCGUACAGCUCCAUAGAAGACCUGCAGCUCCUCUCAUGGGACAAUGCUCCGAAGUACUGUGUCCAGCUGAGCUUCCCUGGUGGCACCGUUCUGCUGCAGGCUGCAAACAGCUACUUAAGAGACCAGUGGUUUCACUCCCUGCAGUGGAAGAAAAAGAUCUACAAGUACCGUAAGGUCCUGAACAACCCGAGUCGCUGGGAUGUGGUGCUGAAAGAGAUCAGAGCACUGGUAGACAUGGCUCUGACCUCACCGCUGCAGGAUGAGUCCAUCCACCAGGCUCCACUGCACAUCAUCUCCACCCUGCUGGCUGAGAACUCUAAUCUAAGCACUCAGGAUCAUGAGAACAUCAUUUUGGCCAUUGCUCCUCUUCUGGAAAACAACCACCCACCACCUGACCUGUGCGAGUUCUUCUGUAAGCACUGUCGGGAACGGCCACGUUCAAUGGUUGUGAUUGAAGUGUUCACUCCUGUGGUCCAGAGAAUCCUCAAACACAACAUGGAUUUUGGGAAGUGCCCUCGACUGCGUCUCUUCACUCAGGAGUACAUCCUGGCUCUCAAUGAGCUGAAUGCAGGGAUGGAGGUCGUUAAGAAGUUCGUCCACAGCAUGCAUGGGCCAACAGGGCAGUGCCCUCACCCACGUGUCCUGCCAAACCUGGUGGCAGUGUGCCUCGCUGCCAUUUAUUCCUGUUAUGAGGAGUUCAUCAACAGUCGGGACAACUCUCCCAGCCUGAAGGAGAUCAGAAACGGUUGCCAGCAACAGAAUGACCGCAAACCGCCGAUGCCGCUCCGCCUUCUGCGCCCUGAGCCUCCUACGCCACCUUCUGCCACUCUCCUCCCCCUCUCCACCAAUGCCAGUCCUCCACAGCUGCCUCCCCCUACCCCCUCAAACCCCACCCCCUCCAUCCCCAUCUCCUCUACAACACCGUCACUGCCCCUCUCCCCUCCACCUUCCGUUGUCAACUCCAGCGAGAUCUUGGUGGAGCUGGAACGAAACAACAACUCAGCCAAUGUCAGGCGAAAGGGUGGGCCAUCAGGGGGCGACAGCGAACCCAACCUCAUCGACUGUCUGUUGGUCAGUCCGGCCGUCAACACUCUGUCCAUCCAACUGCCAGCACAGGCUGACCGAGUGCUGGGCUGCUUUGCUCUCAUCCUCAAGAUGCUGUCAGACUACGACGACUGGAGACCUGCUCUGGCUAGCCUGCUGCAGCCCAUCCCCUUCCCUAAAGAGGCCCUUGCACAUGCCAAAUUCACAAAGGAACUAAAAUAUGUUAUUCAGAGAUUUGCGGAAGACCCAAGGCAGGAGGUCCAUUCCUGCCUACUCAGUGUGCGUUCAGGUAAAGAUGGCUGGUUCCAGCUCUACAGUCCAGGAGGUGUGGCCUGUGAUGAUGAUGGAGAGCUGUUUGCCAGUAUGGUUCAUAUUCUGAUGGGCUCUUGCUAUAAGACCAAGAAGUUCCUCCUGUCGCUGGCAGAAAACAAGCUGGGUCCCUGCAUGCUGCUGGCCCUACGAGGAAACCAAACCAUGGUGGAGAUCCUGUGUCUGAUGCUGGAGUACAACAUCAUUGACAACAAAGACACCCAGCUUCAGAUCAUCUCCACCCUAGAGAGCACCCAGGUGGGCCUCCGUAUGUACGAGCAGCUCUGCGACCGACAAAGAGAACUCAAAGAGCUGCAAAGAAAAGGAGGCCCCACCCGACUGACACUGCCCUCAAAGUCCACGGAUGCAGACCUGGCCCGCCUGUUGAGUUCAGGUUCUUUUGGGAAUUUGGAGAACCUGAGCCUGGCCUUCACCAAUGUCACCAGUGCCUGUGCCGAGCAGCUCAUCAAGCUGCCGUCACUCAAACAGCUCAACCUCUGGUCCACACAGUUUGGGGAUGCAGGGCUGAGAUUGUUAUCUGAGCAUCUGGCGUGUCUUCAGGUUCUGAAUUUGUGUGAGACUCCUGUCACUGAUGCCGGUCUGCUGGCUCUCAGUUCCAUGAAGAGUCUGUGCAGUCUGAACAUGAACAGCACCAAGCUCACAGCUGACACAUAUGAGGACCUCAAGGCCAAACUGCCCAACUUGAAAGAUGUGGAUGUUCGGUAUACAGAGGCCUGGUGAUCAACUACACUCACAUGUCCCUCAUACAUCACCAGAAACACACACAAAUAUAUGCACACAUUGCACACAGGCUCAGAUACAUAACAUGAAAAUUGUGCGGCGAUGUUGUCUCCAGUCAUCCCAUCAUUAGACAAGGAACUCUUUACGUCAGAGGAGCAUUCGUCAGCUUCAGACGUCAUCACCGACCCCUGUAGUGAUGCCUAAUACAAGGAAGAAACUGUCUAGUCAGUGUCAGCAUCACUUUUUUCUAAGUGAAAAAACAUUUAUGGACCUCAUCACUCCCCUUACUUCUGUCACCAAUGUUCUAAGGACAUUGUUUUUACCGACAUGAUCAGAGGACAUGCAAGAACCCACCAUAUUGUGGCUAUACUGGGACCCUCUCUCUGCCUUUAUCCUUAUCCUUAUCCUGCUCUAUCUUUCAUAUAUGGUCUCUCAAUUCCCAUAUUCAGUCUAAAUCCAGCUCUCCAGCCAUCACCCUCCCACCUCUGUGUGUCCAUGUCAUGAGGAAACCCUGAAUCGACCCAACCCCCUCUGAGCCUUCUUCUCUUUCUCUCUCCUGCCCUCAUGUGAUGAAGGCUGGAUUCAGCAGCUCACAUUCCAGUUCUUCUCGAUCUUAUCCAUGAUGUAGCUCUCCAGACAGACAUAUUGAACUGUUAAGUCACUUCAGUCCUCACUCUUGUGCUCUUUGGCUUCAGUUUUUAGGGUCAGAUUCUAGCUUUUUCAAGUCUUUCAUUGGGUAAAUGAGGUGCUACCUCUCAGAAAAGAAGAGUUGCAAGACCGUGCCUAUUCCUCAUAUACAACACGUUCACACACAAAAAGAAAAAAAAAAGUUUUUAUCAACUUGAAUGAACAUAUUUUUCCAGACAUCUGUGCUUUCAUAUAUUGUGUGUUUCUAUAUAAUACACGAAGAUAACCCCCAGUGCUGACAUUUCAGAAACAUUUCAGGAGUCUGUAGGAAAGGCAAACAGUAAUGGCAACAUUUGUUCCUUUUUCAUUUGUUUUCAGUGUACAUACUGAUGAUCUCCCAUUACUAUUUAAUAGGACAGUUGUGUAGCAGUAGCUUGGUGGUCUGGGACUGCCUAAUAUUUAUAAGUUGUGUCUUUAAAACAUCUUUUAUUCUCUCUCUCCUGGAUUUUGUCCUGACUAAUGAAGUACACAGGCCCUGUUGUUUUGCACCAUGUAACACAUGGAGCACAAGAAGCCAACCAAGAGGGUGCCCAUACAAGGAUCUCUCUGUACCAUGCCAUGGUGAUAACCUGUAGAUUGGACUGAAGUAAUUCUAAAGUGGACCUGUAAACAAGACCCAUCACCAGCUGAGAGUUGUAUAUUUUCAUAUCCCCUGCUAUUUUUUUGGCUCUUUUGUACAGACGGUUGAAGACGGUUUUGAAAAGAAGAAAGGACACUUGCCAAACACCUUCAUCGAGUAUAGUUUUUGUUUUAUGCACUUGUUUCAUCGGGCCAACAUAAGUGUGGUUUUAGUACUGAUUGGUGUAAGUGGAAGCUGUUGUAACCUGCCUGUGGAGAGACACUGACACCGUUUGUGUUCAUAUCUCCAACCCCCCAUCCCACCCCCUGGGGUCUGAGUGAAGGAUCACAGUGCCUCUAGUGGACCUGUGGGUCAUCUAUUGUUAUCUUUUUUAUCUUUUGUCAGAGCUCCUGUUUUAAAUUGUUCUGCUGUAAUGAUAGAACGCCAUAAUACUUGGGUGACAUUUUCAGGCUGUAUGGAUAAAUUCUUCUCAUCAGAGCAUGAGACAAAAAUAUUGUACAUAUUCUGUCACAAUGAGCUAUAAGGGACAAAAGAUUGGAAACAGGCACCUUUCAGCCACAUCUCGGCCCAUCUACAUUCCCUCAAAAUGUUGCCCAUUUAUUGUGGCAACAUUUCACAUGAUGCGGUAACUGCCCCGAUACUGCAAGUAUGUCAGAAACACUUUCUUCUUUCUGUCUAGAUGUGGUUUGGUUUGAUUUGUCUUGUGUCAGUGGCCCCAGAAAACAUAAGACAAGUCACAUUUCCACCCCUUAUUUCAGUCAGCCUCGCACUGACUGCAUCCAUCCAUUUUAUUUAUUUAUGUCGACCUCCAGAAUGCUCCAGAUGUUUGUUUAAUCAAGGCAGGGGCUACAGCAGAGGACAGAAUGCCGUCCACUUUCAGAUGCUUUGUUUCCUAUUUAUUGAGUGCCAUAACAGUUCUCUGUUUGGCCUGUAGACUCGGUUUGUGUAUGGCCAUCUUUGGGUCUGGCUUUAGGACCUUGUGCUCCCUUUCAUAUCCUUUAUGAUGUAUAUACGAUUGUAUAUAGUCGUCUCCUCCUUUCCUCUCUUUGAACCAUUUUUGAAUCCCUCCCCCUUUUCUUAUUCUUCAUCCCUUUUCUGUUUUUUCGGCCUCCCUUCAUUGGCAGGCUGCUGUUGCCUUCAUCUCAAUGUGUGUGUUGUUUUUUUCCACACAAAGUGCACUGUAAUCUAAAAUUAUGUUUUCAAUGCAUAAUAUCUUUUAAGUUUCCGACGUCUUUGAUAUAAUUACUUUAAUCAAACAUUUGUUUCCUGUGUUCUUGUUUAGGUUUUUUGCAUGUACAUGUUGCUGCGUCAUCUGGUAUUUCAUUUUGUAAUUUUGUUUUAUAAAAGGUUUGAAAUAUAAUAAAGGGUCUGAUCACUAUCUCACUGAGGUUAAGGACUGAAAUGGAGAGACACCAUCUAACUAUUUUCUGAUUGGUUGUUGCCAGGAUCUACCUAUGAGGCUAUUGGUUGAGACAGUUGGGAUCUGAUGGAUAUUUUAAAAAGCCAAUGCCAAUACUGUUUAGACUGAAGCUGCCUCUAGCUGAGAUUUCAUAUCAGAAAAUGCAAAUAUUUGUUGUUUACCCAAGAAUUGUGUUCUAAUCCUGCCAGAUAAUCAUAUCAGAGGUGUAACAUGCUGACUGGCCAUUUUCACUUUAAAAUAAAGUUGUUGUUUCAACACAUCAGGAAACUGAUAGUUCAGUUUGACUGUAAAGCAGUUUUGUUUCAUGGAUUGGCUUUAUUAAUAAAUUAGAUUAUGCUGACCCCAGUGUCGCGUUUAUCCAUUUAAUCUGAAGCUGCAGCCAGUAAAGGCUCAACUUCAGAUCAGAUGUAGGUAGGCCAAUUUUGUUACCCUUGGACAAAGCCAGGCUAGGAAUUUACUUUAUAGCAAGCCAAGCUAACUGGCAAAUAACUUUCAGACAUGAGAGUGGCCUUGAUCUUUUCAUUUAAGUCAAAGUAUCUAAGCAUAUUUACCAAAAUGCCGAACUUUUCCUUCAAACAAGGCAGCGGUCUUGAGGAAAUCCUCUUACUGAGGUGAUCCACAGUUUUUAGGCCUCGAUGACCUGCCACCUGUCCAAACUGUGAGCUUGGGGACCAGCAUGUUGAGGUUGUAAGGGAGGGUUUUUGUUUUACUGUAGAACAUCUGAUGGAUGAAUAGAAACCUCCUCUGUUCUGUCAUGUCUCUGUAUCCUGUGGAGCUCACCAGCUGCUUUGCUUUCCGUUCCUGAUUCCUCCCUCUUGUCUUUUAUCUCUGAUGUUUUUUAUUAAUUCUACCACGUCCAAGUUGUGUACAGCUGUGCUCAAGUCUUAACAGUUGUUAUGGAAGGAACUGGAUCAGAUGUCAUACAGACUGACAAAUCUGACAGACUGAAAAAACCGACAACAACUCUAUUUCCCAUGAUUCCUUGUAGUAAAAUCUUUUUUGGCAGCUGGAAAAGGAGCGCCCAUAAUGUUUUAUCUCUCUUUUUCAGUCUUUCUCCGCAUUGAUCUGCUUCUCCUGCUGGGUUAUUAUUAUUGCUGCUGCUGCUGCUCUGUGGCUGUUGUAAUAAAACUACAAAAGAUCUUCAACAGGAAAAAUAACAACUAUGAUGUUAAAUAAUUUCAAUCAAAAAUAAAUUGUCUGUGAAUAUGUUUCA